UUCAAUUUUCAAUUCGGGGUGGAUAGGAUCCGGACAUACACACUACCCGCUCCGUUUCAUUUCCCUUCUGGUGGUGUUUUCUCUGAAGAGAAAGAGCAGGAAAUUUUUACAAGCUAGCUCGAAUUUCAGUUAAAACCACCAGAGAGAGCAGUGUCAAUUUAAUUUAAUUUUCCAUUUAUUUUAUUUUCGGUAAUUAAUUUUUGAAUCCCGCCCAAUCUAUCACGAAGCAACCAAUUCCCUUCUCGUUAUUCAUCUAGGUCUUACACUCAACUUUCUCCGAAUUUCCAAUUCCCUUUUUCUAUAUGACACCCUAAUUGCUCCGAUGAAGGAAGAUAAGAGGGCUUCUUCAUCGUUCGUCAAGAAAGGUGACCGGCAAACUUUCACGGUGGAGCUCCGGCCUGGAGAGACCACCAUAGUAUCAUGGAAGAAGCUGCUGAAAGACGCUAACAAGCAUAAUGGAUCCGCUUCGACCUCUCAACACUCCCCAAUCGCUCCGGGGCAACAUGUUGAGAUUGAGGAACAAGAUCCAGCUCAGCCACACCGUUUCAGUGCUGUAAUAGAGAAGAUUGAACGCCUUUACAUGGGUAAAGAUAGCAGUGAUGACGAAGAUCUGCUUGAUGUUCCGGAUGAUGAUCAGUAUGAUACUGAAGAUUCUUUUAUAGAUGACGCUGAGCUGGAUGAAUAUUUUCAGGUUGAUAAUUCCACAGUCAAACAUGAUGGAUUCUUUGUAAAUAGGGGGAAAUUGGAGCGCAAUGAUGAACCUCCUGUAUUACCCAACCAGCAACCAAGGAAAAGGCGCAGAAAAGAUAUAUUGAAGAAUCCAGGUCAAAAUAAUGAUGAUCAUGGAUCAAAUAAACAUGUAAAAGCGGGCAAGGCAGCAUCUGGGAAAACAGCUUCCAUACAGGCAAAAAAUAUGUGUAAUUCUUCACAGAAUUUGGUUAUACCCGAUGAACAUUAUGAAGACCUUAAACCUCAGAAUCAAUUGGAUAUCUAUGGAAUUAGUUCCAAAAAGAAAAUUGCUGAUAUUAAACCAAUACCGGUCUCUUCUGUCUCUUUGAAAACAUCAAGUUAUGAUGUACCUACUGCGAUGCCAGAAGCAAAAGAUGCUGAUAAGAAGAAGAUUGGGCCUUUUCAAUCUAAGAGCACAAGCGGAUCAUUUGAUGCAUCUCAUCAGAAGUAUCAUGAAAAAGGUGCUUAUGUACAAUCCAAAUCCCAACCUGGAAGACCCUCGAGGAGUAUUGAUGAUUUGGAAAAUAUCAGUCGGUCGAAAGAAAAAAAUGGCAUGCGUGAACUGCCGGAUCUUAACGUGGCACUGGGAAAGAUUUCUACAAAAUCUGAAUACAUUCACAAGAAAGACGGGUCUAGUGUUAGGCCAAAAUCUUCAAUGCUUGAAAAGGCUCUUCGCGAGUUAGAGAAAAUGGUUGCAGAGUCAAGGCCCCCUGCAGUGGAAAACCCCGAGGCUGAUAAUACAUCCCAGGCAGUCAAACGGAGGUUGCCUAGAGAAAUAAAGCUGAAGCUUGCUAAAGUUGCUAGACUAGCGGCAAGCCAUGGGAAAGUAUCAAAAGAGUUAAUUAACCGUCUUAUGAGUAUUCUUGGGCACUUGAUGCAACUCAGAACAUUAAAGAGAAACUUAAAAAUAAUGAUCAGUAUGGGUUUGUCAGCAAAGCAGGAGGAGGAUGAUAGGUUUCAACGGAUAAAAAAGGAAGUUGUUGAUAUGAUUAAGAUGCAGGCCCCAGCUCUGGAAUCCAAGCAACAGCAGACAGCUGGAGCAUCACGUGAUGUUCAAGAAUUUGGUCCUGAUGGAAAAGCAAUAACUAAGAGGAAUUUUAGUAUGGAUGCUGCAUUGGAGGACAAGAUUUGUGAUCUCUAUGACAUUUUUGUUGAUGGCUUGGAUGAAAAUGCAGGUCCACAGAUCAGAAAGUUGUAUGCUGAGCUUGCAGAAUUAUGGCCAACUGGUUACAUGGACAACCAUGGGAUCAAACGUGGAAUUUGCAGGGCAAAAGAGAGGCGCAGGGCAUUGUACAACAAAAAUAAGGAUCGGGAAAAAAUUAAGAGGAAGAAAUUGUUGGCAUCAAAGCAAGAGGAUGGUGUUCGACUAGAUGCCGGCUCAAUUCCAUCACAGCAGAACCCACAAGAGAAAUUAGCACCAGAAUCUAGCAGUCAUGCUUUUACUUCAAUGAACAAGCCCGCUUCUAAUAUGAGCACAGCUGUCCGGGUCCCCAGUCCUAUGAAUGGUGUAAAACAAGAAAAAGCAAAGGGAAGUUCAAGCAGUUCCCCGGACGAUGGUCGUGUUGCUGAUGGCGUUUUAACAAAGAAGGUGAAGAGAAAACCAGAACUUGAGUUGGAAGGAGCUAAUUGUGGUCCUGAGAAGCUGGAUUCUUUGCAGGGAGAAGAAAGGUCCAGGUCACAAAAGCAGUCUUCUGGUCUUCCCACCAAAUCAAAUCUUCAGCCAACAACCCUCCCAGGUCUUGAACAGUCAAGCUAACAAACAUGAGUAGGAUGGAUGUCCACAGCAGAAUGUCUGCCUCAAUUUUUUUUUUAUUAGUAAUUUCCCCAUCCCGACUUUUUUUGUAUAUCAAAUUGUUUCCUGCUUACUGUUACUAUUUUUGUAAUUAAAUGUCCAUCAAAUGUUAGUCAAGAUUUAGGUAGAUAAGUAGAUUCGUUAGUUGUUAGUUAUAGUGGCAUUGGCAAACCGUUUAAUGGUCCUUAUGCCGUUACUCUGUGGAUGGUCUCAUCAUUAGAUAUAGUUUUAUUUAAUUGAACGACUAUGGCCAUUCACUUGUAACAUGAAGUAUGAGCUUCAAAACUACAUAUUUACCAAAUUUCCUUAAAACUACUAAUAAAUAUUAUGUCUA